AACCAUCAAUGAAAACUUAACGAAGGUGUAAUGAAUGUGUGGCAUCGUUUCGUAUGACAUUGUGCGUAGCCAGUUUGAUUUCCGCGCAUUGCUCCCAUCUUGUCGUCUUUUGACGCACGCGCCUCGUGACUCAAGCAGACAUCCAGCUCUUUGGUAUACGUACUGCUACAUGCACCUGUCACGGUGACAAGUCGGUGGGUGCUUCAAAUCAAAACAAGGUCUACUCUCCUUCAUUGGAAAUCAAAUUGCAGCACCAUUCUGACUUUGCAGAGUUUUCAGGAGCAACGGCGGCAAAAUGCCUCUCAACACAGAUAUAUCAGCAGCGCUUCUUUUGCUGGAGCAGGUCCAAGAGCGUGUUGAGGAGUGUGAUGAUCCAAAGCUUCAAAUGCAUACAAGCCAAGACUUAAAAGCGUUGAUUUCUCUCUUGGAGGAUCCGGUCUUUCGAAGCAUCGUAACUAUUCAAGAUUCACUAACAGAUUUGAACUCUCAGCUCGGUCAGCAUCCCUCGAUUCUCCCGGGAGAUUUUGAUAUCAAUCUCGGAGGUCAGCUGGAGCUUUCGCUUCCCACUGCACCAGCACAAUCACUUGGCCCAAACAUGUAUCAAGAUAUGUAUCAAGACAGCAGCGAACUAGAUGACCAAAGAGUUCCAGUUGCUAGACUUGUCCACAGCAGUAGUGAAGACACCAGUGCACAGGUAACGAGUCCGAGUUUGGCAUCGGAAGAUAUAAACAUGCCCCCGAUAACGACUCCGACUUAUGCCAAAGAAUUCCAGAAGGUUAUCGAGGCUGCUUCUAAAGGGCGUCAGACUUACACAGUUCAGCUGUACAAACCUGAGGGAACAAGCUUGGGAUUCAGCGUCGUAGGGCUUCGCAGUAAAGAUAAAGGCGAGCUCGGGAUUUUUCUUCAAGAGAUUCAACCAAACGGGAUCGCAGGCUGCUGCGACGGCCGUCUCGUAGAGGGCGAUCAGAUAUUGGCGAUAGAUGGACAACCCUUGGAUUCUAACAUCUCCCACGAACAGGCGAUCUCAAUACUUCAGAAAGCCCGGGGCCUUGUUGAGCUAGUCGUUGCCAGAAGCGCCCAAGAAGUUGGGAGCUCGUUGACGCCGGAUGAGUUGUCCGGGGCUUCUAAUUCGACAGCGACAGCAGGAGGAACUUCCGGUGUCGUUGGCGGUAUCGGUGCUGGAAGUCAAACACACUCUGAAAAGGAUACUCAAUCGGUCGGUUCGAUCUCCGUAUCGACGGCAAUAUCUUCUAUCGCCACCGCCGCCACAGCACCUGCAACAUCGAGCAUUUCGAGCGUCACGGCUACCGCCCACACCCCAAAUUCAACUGCUGCAGCUGGUCUUAUCGUCGAACGGAGUCCGUCCGCGGUCAGCGACGCCUCAAGGACUGGCUCUGACAUGGUGCUGAACACGGAGUGGGCGCAGGUUGAAGUGAUCAAUUUGAUCAACGAUGGAAGCGGUCUUGGAUUUGGAAUCAUCGGCGGACGGAGCACCGGAGUCGUCGUCAAGACCAUUCUACCAGGGGGUGUCGCCGAUCGCGAUAAUAGACUCCAGAGUGGGGACCAUAUCCUCCAGAUCGGAGAUGUCAAUCUCCGAGGAAUGGGAAGCGAGCAGGUUGCAGCGGUGUUGCGUCAAUCGGGAACUCAUGUACGACUCGUCGUCGCUCGUCCCGUCGAACCGACGUCUCCGGAUUACCAGGCACUCGGAAGCCAUGCUCCAAUUGUUCCCACAAGGAUCCUCGGUGAUCCUGACGAAUUGGAAAGACACCUUAUUCAUAACGCCCCUGAAUCUUGCGACCGUAAUGUCACGACCGGAGAUACAAAUUACGACAACGGAUACAUGUACUCUCAGGAACCGGAGAUCGAGAUGCACGCAAGACCAGGUCUCAUCAUGGACGUUGUUAGAAAUCCAGUUCCCGUCGCCGCUGUCCCUGUUAUUCCAAUUACUCCAGUUUCUCAGGUACAAAAUUUACCGGUCAUUUCAAUGGAUCCAUUGGACGUCGGAAGUCUGCCGGAAAUGGAGAGAUUCACGGUCGAGCUUAAAAAGGACAUUUAUGGCCUUGGAAUCACCAUCGCCGGAUACGUCUGCGAAAAAGAGGAGUUGUCCGGGAUUUUUGUUAAAAGUAUAAGCGAGGGAAGCGCCGCCGAUUUGAGCAAUAAAAUCCAGAUAAACGAUCGCAUAGUGGAAGUCGACGGUCACUCCCUCCAGGGAUACUCAAACCACGAAGCCGUCGAAGUAUUGAGAAGUACGGGGCAGAGCGUCACUCUAUGCCUCGAAAGAUAUCUUCGUGGACCAAAGUACGAAACACUUCAACAGGCUAUUGCUGCCAGCGAACAAGGACCCCAGCAACCCGGAUCCCCGUCAAUAGCGAGCUUACCAGGCUUUCCAAUUAGUGCGGACACGAACGAAAUCGAACCGGAGGGCGAAUCGCAUACUACCGUCGAUAGCGCCGUUAUGCACGAAAGGGAUCGCGAGGAUUCCGAAGAACCUGACGAAGCUUCGAACGUUGAAGCACUUCUUAGCGAUCCUUCGACCGAGUUGACCCCGCAGAUUAGAGCCUCCAUCAAGGCCAAAUGGCAGAAGAUCGCCGGACCAGAUACGGAGAUUGUUGUCGCACAGCUGAAAAAAUUCGCGGAAGGAAGUGGCUUGGGAAUUAGUUUGGAAGGUACGGUCGACGUUGAAGAUGGACAAGAAGUACGACCUCACCAUUACAUCAGAUCCAUACUCCCGGAGGGACCAGUAGGACAAAACGGCUGUCUGAGAAGCGGAGAUGAACUUUUGGAGGUAAAUGGAUAUCGUUUGCUUGGAAUUAAUCACAUGGAAGUAGUUAGUGUACUCAAGGAGUUGCCGCUUCACGUUCGCAUGGUUUGUGGAAGAAACAUCGCUUCGCAAGAUCCGCUUUGUCCCAUCGAUACUGCUCAACAUCAGGCUGCUUUUCAGACCAGAAGUAUUCUCGGUGGUUCGCUUCAAAAUUUAUUACCAGCGAUGGAUCGUUUGGUGAAGGCAAAGUCCGACGGCUCGUUGGCUUCGACAACAACAACGGCUACGGUCACCGACGCCAGUCUAAGCAAAAUGAAAUCACGCUCGCUCGAACCUCUGACUGGUCUUGCUAUGUGGAGCUCAGAGCCGCAAAUUAUCGAGUUGGUUAAAGGAGAGAGGGGCCUUGGGUUCUCGAUUCUGGACUAUCAGGAUCCGAUGAACCCCAAUGAAACUGUGAUAGUAAUUCGCUCACUGGUGCCUGGGGGUGUGGCUCAAGUUGACGGUCAAUUGAUCCCCGGCGAUCGACUGUUGUUCGUCAAUGACAUUGCCCUUGAGAACGCUACGUUGGACCAGGCGGUGCAAGCGUUGAAGGGUGCUCCUAAGGGGACCGUGCGCAUCGGAGUAGCCAAACCAUUGCCUAUCCCAGAUAGCAUUGCCCAGCUCGUCACGCCGAUCUGCAUCGUCAGGAGAAGUAGAAGCCUACCAGAUGACAGUGAGUCGACUAAUCAAGCGCCGGAACUCGUCGACCUCGCUGACCUCAACGACCUCACCUCAUCCAAAUCAGGAGCGAGCGGUAACUCAAUCGACAAACAUGACCCGGAUGCGGACGAGGACGCCGAUCAGUUCGAAGACGCAUCUCCGCUGACUCCUGUCCACUCACCGAAGAAAAAGACGAGUGUACUGCCCGCGCAGAAUACGGUUACGUCAGCGAUCUCCUCCGAGUCAAAGUCCGACAAAUGUUCAGGUGACAAAACUCCCUCGUCAGGUAAAAGUAGUCCCGCAGCGGUGGUUCCCCUGCGAGGCGAUCAUCCCACCCGGGACUUGCUUCUAUUUACCGACGGCGUCGUUCCCGUGGUGAACGUGACGAUAUUGGGCGAAACGAAAACGCCGGAAUCCAAAGCGACGCAGCACCGCCGUCACCGUGAUAAAAAUGAAGGGGACUUCGAAAGACGCUUGGAAACCGAACGAGAGGAGAUCGCGAAAAAUUUUUCAAUCUACGACACGGGACCUUCGACCUCGACGUAUUGUCAGGAGAGGAGAAAGAGCGUGAAACGCCAAGGGAGUCUCGUUAAGGAAAAAACGGCUGACACUAAAUCAGGGAAAAUCAGCGAACGGAGUAACUCGAACAAGGGAGACGACGCUGCUAAGGGCCCUUCGCAGUCCCCUGACGAUCCUGAACGGAAAAUUAUGACCGCAGAUACGAUAAUGCCGGAAACCGCGUUAACGUCGCCGCAAAUACCGCCGGGCGAAGCGAUCGAAGAGACUCGAAAGAGCGUCAGAGACGUCGACGAUACCGCGAGGAGGAUGGCCAAGGAACGUAGAAAGAGUCUCAAGGAGCAGAAGAGCAUCGAGAGGGUCAACGAGUACCUCGCCAAGCACGGUGUGGACGCGGACGUUACCGCGGAAAGGAGAAAGAGCCUGAAAGAAAUGCGCCCGUUGCAACUGCAGCAAGUCGUCGUACCCGACAGAAGACAGUCGUUGGCGAUUGACGUAGGACUUUUACAAGCGUCAUCGGAAAGGAGGAAAAGUCUCACGAAACAAGAAAAGUUCGAGGUACCACCCGAUGCACAGGAUCAGCGGAUCGCGGUGUCCGAUGGAAUCGCGAACGAAGAACAAAGCCUUUCCGGAGCAUUCGAAGAACGAGGUGUCUCGACUACCGUGAGAGCGAACGUGGUCAUCAAACGUCCCGAAGAUUUGAUAACUCCGGCACCGGAAAUUGCGACACCCGGCUCGUCCUGUUCAACGAUUAAACAAAGUCCGGAUAACGCGGAAUCGCGGAGAUCCGUCUGCAGCAGGCGAAGUUCUUUGAAGAGAAAAGAGAGUCCGGCGGUUGUUGGAAGUUCUUUUGAAAAUGAGUUGGAACCGAGGGGAAUGAUUUCUCCGUUAGAGGGUGAGAAGAGAAUUAAAGAAGUGAAGAUAAGAGAGAACGUGGAGGAAAUAUUGUUCGAGGAUAAUUCGAACGAGCAAGUGACCUCCAUACCAGAAGUGCAGUUGGUACGUGCGAAAAUAAUUUCGGCCGAAGAAGCGGCGGCAAAUGUGUCGAGCAGAGUUUCGAACACCAAAGUUGAUUUGAAAUCGCCACCGGAGAUCGUGAACGUCUGUUUGGACGUUAAUCAGGACAAGUUGAACGUUUGCAAAACGAAAAUUAAGAAGGCCGCUUCGUCCGCCGAAGAGUCCGAAGACGGCCUCCUGAAUUUACCCGGACUCACGAAAUCGACUUCGGAAAAUAUUCUCGUCGAAACCGAAGAGGAUAACAACACGAUAUCCGGUAAGAAUUUCAAGCCAGAUAUACUCAUGGACCUAUCGAAGGUUCCAGACGAGGAGAAGGAGCUCAAAGAUAAAUCCAAAGACGCCGUGAAAUCACCUAAGGAUAAACGACUUCUGAGCAGAGUUGGCAGCGAAGGGUCGAAGAAAGUUCAGGACGUUAAACUGUCUUCGGUUAUCCCCUUCCCCUCAGCGUCAACGGUGUUUUCCAGUGCUGCUGCAUCGCCAACGCCAACGGCAGUGCCCCAAAAAAUGUCAACGACGUGUAAAGAUAAGACAGAAGUUACGUCGACUCCGUCUCGCGAACCCUCACUCCGUCUCGAAAAUAGAGGCGAGGAUUCCACCGUUACGAUUAAAACAGUGAAUGAGUUUGAUGUUGAAAAUAUUCGUGUCAGUGAACAAAAACCCAUCGCCAAUUGUCCCGCUGCCCGGCUAUCGGAGGGUCUUGUGGAUACGAUCAUUUGUGAAUCUGACGAAAUAACCGAGGAAUCAACGAGGGAAACCGAUCUUCGGGCUGAUUCGGGGCCCGCACGUCCGGUGCCGGAAAGCUCGCCGAUAAGGACAGUCGAUCGGAGCGACGAGACAACCUGCGAAAAAGAAGAAACUUCACCCGCGCCAGAGACAAACGGGAAGUCGGACCUUCCGCGGCCAAAAGGUUCUCAGCCAAAUGUAGUAUCGACGGUAGAAGAUAACGCGGCUAAGACCGGUGCGAGCGAGACGAGGAGGCCGGAAUUUGUGACGAAAACUGUGUACAAAAGCGAUUUUCCUUUCACGAAGAAAAACGAGUGCGCUUACAAAAGCGUUAACCAACGACUCAGGGAGAGGGAGUUCAGUGGAUCUUUUUCAGCGAAAACAAGUGAGCCUUUCGUAUCUAAACUUCAGCAGCCGAGACAUCAGUUGGAUACGUCUAAUACUGUGAUAAACGAAUCAGUUUCCGCAGGACAUCAGAGGGUACAGCAGAUACUCACGACAGACAAAGAGGCCGAAGAACAGCGACAAAAAGCUUUGGAAAAGCAGAGGGAACACGAAAAGUUUUUACAGCAGAGGCGAACCCUUAUAGAAGAGGAAAGCGGUACGCAGAUAUCAGCGAGGGAGGAAGACACACUCAUUGGGAAACAGCACUCGCUCGAGUACCAGAGUCAGACUUUAGAAGCGAGACUAGAAGGACUCGAGGAGGCGUUAGGAUCUUUGGAAAGUUUGUCGGAGAACGCAAGCGAAGGGAAGCGAGAAUCCGGCGACCUUGAGAGGGUCGUAGCUAAGGUCGUAGAGAAGGUUCCGGUUGUCGCGGAGAAACGAGAGGCCGAAACUCAGACUCAACAGGAGACGAAAAGCACCCAGUGCGGUCCCGACGAGCUGAUAUUCGAGGGUGGUUUAAAAUCUCACAGCUUAUCGAGUCUAGCCGAGAGCCCCGAGUACUCCGGCAGCCCGCGUAAGGAGGUCCAAACUCAGACCCAGGGAGAAACAAAGGGGACUCAGUGCGGCCCCGACGACUUGGCCGAAACAUUCUCCCAACUGAAAACGUUCUUUCGACAAAAAAGCUUCACGAACUCGUUAGCCUCGAUCGGCAGUCCCAAAAGAGAAGUCGAGGUACAGACCGAACUCGAGUCGAAAAGCGUUCAGUGCACCCCCGAGGAUAUUCCAGACAGUCCUCACAGAUCGUCGAUUUUUUUUCGACGAAACGCCAACUACUCGCAAAAAUCUUCGGACAAUCUAAAGAGGGAAGUCGAGGUUCAGACGUACCAGGAAUCGAAGGAGACGCAAUUCGCUAGCGAAGAUCUUCCGCGGAUCGAAAGCAGCCCCCCCGUAAGGACAUCGUCGGUGACCUUCCAGGAGCUCAAAGUCGAACUCAAUCCCGCUACAGAUCCCGCUCAGGGCACUUCGUUAUACUCUUCUUCGCCAAUCAUCGUCUUGGUAGACGGAAGAACGGACAUGACUGUCACUCACAAUUACAAGGACAAAGAUGGUAAUGUCGUCUGGGCGAAACACUGGGGACCUGAGAGGAUGGUCGAAAUUUAUCGAGAGCCAAAAUCGAGCCUCGGACUCAGCAUCGUCGGCGGAAAGGUCGAUCUUUACCACGGAGGACCGAACACUUCGCAAAACAUUUCUGGGAUAUUCAUCAAAAAUGUUCUGCCGAACAGUCCGGCAGGAAGGACCGGCGACCUCAAGACUGGGGAUCGGAUAAUAGAAGUGGAUGGCGUCGAUCUCAGAAAUAGCACCCACGAUCGAGCUGUUCAGGCGAUUCAGGCCGCCGGGAAUCCGGUCUGUCUGCUGGUGCAGUCUCUCGUCCAUUUGAGUCCCGACGUGGAGAGAACGACUUCCUCUUCUCAUGACUCCGAAGAUAAUACAGGCGGAAGAGGCGUAAGAAGACAGGGUACGAGGGGACACGGAGCCAUCGUAGGAGCCGCUCCGGCUACCCCCACAACUUCGUUCAGGCGAAAACCACACGGAGUUUCUCCCUCGCGGACGAUCACCCCGGAAUUAAUUCAGGAAGGGAUCGAAAGUGAUGCGAGGCAGGGUAGAUCGGAUUACAGAAGACAGUCCACCAAAAAUGAUACCGAUGGCGCGGGACCCAGCACUAGGAGAUCCUCCAUGAAACAAUCUCUCAGAAAGAAGGCCCCUUCGCCUCCUCAGGGUGCUGGUAUCCUUCGAGAGGUUAGCGAGGAGCAAGAGGAUCAAUCUCAGAAACCUAAGGGCGGCGCGAGUUCCUCGAAACCAAAGUAUUCUUCGGACGAAAGUUCGGACGAAGAGGACACCAGAGACUUGGAGGGAAAUGUCUACACGAAAGCCGGGUUCGAGAUAUCGAGAAAGAGCGCUGGAAAUGUUAAGAGAACGAGGGAGGAAAUCGAAGCGGAUCCAGAGCAGGAAGACGAAUUUGGCUACACUGCGAAAAAAAUCAAGAAGCGGUACGAUUCCCUCGGGCAUCCGGUGGUCAUGGUUAAGCUGGAGAAGGACAGAAGAGGACUCGGUAUCUCUUUGGCGGGGCACAAAGAUCGAAACCGAAUGGCCGUCUUUGUGUGCGGAUUGAACCCCAAGGGAGUCGCUCACAAGACGGGGGGCUUGCUCAUCGGCGACGAGAUUCUCGAGGUGAACGGUACCGUCCUCCAGGGAAGAUGUCACCUGAACGCGUCGGCCCUGAUCAAGGGAAUGGCGGGACCCUGUUUCAAAGUUAUAGUUGUCCGGAGAUCGUCGGCGGUUAAUGACCUCGCGGUUAAACCGAUAGUCCAAUUUCCACCGACUCUAGACGAUGAUGAUCCUGACAGAUUCAAUCAUUACAAGGGAGUGAGAACAGUGUCGAUAAAGAAGGGUCAGUAUGGCUUGGGGAUCAUGAUAAUAGAAGGGAAGCACGCGGAGGUUGGCCAAGGAAUAUUCGUGUCCGAUAUCCAGGAAGGAAGUGCCGCGGAACAGGCCGGACUUCAAGUCGGUGACAUGAUCCUUGCGGUCAAUCUGGACUGCUUACUCGGGUCGAGCUACGACGAGGCGACCGGAUUGUUGAAAAAAACGGAAGGCGUUGUGACGCUGACGGUCUGCAAUCCGAACCAGAGUAAGGUAGCGAAAGAAGAAGAGGACAGAGCCAAGGGUAUAGAUCCAGCCGCAAACGGAGAUCCAUCCAAACCUAAAGAACCUGAGAAACCGAAAGAACCCGAACCACCGAAGGAUCCGAAGGACUGCGAAAUAUCCGUGGGAAGAGAAACAACAAUCGAAUUCCCUAAGGAUAAGGAUAAGGGGAUUGGCCUCAGUAUAGCUGGGGGCACAGGCACACCUCUGGGCGGUAUCGUGAUCAUUGAGGUAUUCCCCGAAGGCGCCGCAGCUAAAGAUGGCCGAUUAAAACCCGGAGAUCAGAUUAUAGAGAUGUGUCACGAGAGUUUCAAGGCGAUAGAACACGCAAAGGCUCACGAAGCGAUUCUCAAAGCCAGCAGCACGAUACACAUGAUCGUAUUGAGGGAAGAGAAACCUCCAGACGAAUUCGAUGUCGAACUUCCGAAAAAGUCAGGUAAAGGAGUCGGACUAUGUCUGACAGGAUUUAAGAGCGGAAAAGGGGCCUACGUAUCGGACAUGUUGGCCGGAGGAAGUGCUCUCGAGUCUGGUAAAAUUAUGAAAGGUGAUCGAGUGGUCGCCGUCGGUGGUCAGGACGUCCGGGAAGCUCCUGUCGAAGACAUUGCUCUUCAUGUGAAAGUAUCUAACCCGGUGCAGCUCAAGCUGGCCAGGUACACGGCCGUCAAGCAAUGACAGGGUUCUGCUGGCGGAACCCAGAGUCAGUAUCUCACCCCGAGAAUCGCAUCUUGUCGUUAUAGGGGAUCCUAGUGUGAUAUACAACUAGUUAAUAAUAUAUAUAAUUUAUAAAUUAUUAAAAAUGAACCAUAAAAAGUGAAAAAAAAAACAAAAAUCAACUUAAUCGAUUUGUAAUAUAGUAAUAGAAUAUUAUGUAUUAUACAUAAUUGUUAUAUUUUUACUCGCCCAAUAAUUUUUUGUCUGUCGAAAAAAAAAAAUUGUAGUGACGAUUAUGUAUUAUAUAUACAAUAGCAAUAAUCGUCGAUAAUGCCAAAUGGGAGAAACAAAAAUUUCUUAAACCAAAAAGAAAUGAUUUCACCCGACUUACGGUGCAGAGAGUUGAAAAUUUCGAUCAGAUUUUUUUUCUCUUUCUCAAACAUGAAAAGAAGAAAGAAAAUACGAGUAUCAUUCCUUGACUUGGAUUUCGUAAAAUUACUAAUCCGAACCGAAAUCUAAUCUUUAUUUUCGCAAUAGCAAAGGGGAGUAAAUUCUCUAGAACCAUAUUGCCAGAUGAUAAUUAAUUAAUUGAUUAAAUAAUCGAUUAACCGACGAUGUUUAUCUAGUUGUAGCGAUAACUGUAUAACGUAAUGUGUAAUGUACGUGUUUUCAUACUGUUGAGGUUGUAAAAGCGUUGAUAUAUAUUCUCUAGUUGAAACCGGUAUUUAAAAUACCUUGUUAACGUAGUUAAAUUUACAAUCUAUUGAAUAUAAAUUAUUCUAGUCUGUAGGCUAGGUUUUCAGAAAAUGUCGUAUAUUAUAUACCAUACUAUAUACUUAUAUAUGUAUAUAGUAAAACAAAGAAAUUAAAUUUGAUAUAACACGUUAGAAGAGGAAAAACUGCAAGUCAUCUAAAGUAUUUUUAAGGAAUAAUUACUAUUCUUGAAAAACAAAAAAUAGUAAUAAUCAAGAAGAAAAGAAUUUUUAUUAAUAAUAAAAUUUAACAAAAAUAAAUUACAAAAGAAUAAAGUCUUAGCUAUAUAUCUAUAAAAUUAUAACAAAUCUAACAUAAAUAUGUAUAUAGCCAACUGUUUACAAUGCAUUUUAUUAUUUAUAGAUCACAGCGCAAGAUGUGUAGUUGCGACCGUUGAAAACAAGAAAAACUAAGAAUAAUAUUAAAUAAAAUGUACACGUAAAUCUAUACAUUCAUAAAUGUAAUAUAAUAUUCCCAUUAUUAUGCAUAAUAGUCUAAUGAAAAUACAUCUGUAAAUCUCUAACGAGUUUGCGAAGGAGAAAGAAAAAAAAAUUCAUAACGUAUCUAGUCAUAUUAUACAUAUAUCGAAUUAUGCAAUUUUAGUGCUACGCGAAAUAAUCCGAGGGAAUAACGUGUAAUUAAACAAAUUACCAGCGUAUUGAUUUUAAUAAAUCAUUAAUGAUGAAAAAAAGUCUUGUAGUAUAUCGAUGAAAAAUAAUACAUUUAAAAUAGACAACGCUGAAAAAGACCGAAAAUGCGUGACUAUCGCUCUAUUAUACCCUAUGAAUAAUAAUAAUUAAUAAAAUAGUUAGGAUGAAAAAAAAAUAUUUUCGCACUGAAGCGAGUAUUUUAAAGAAAAUAAAUAGCGACGGCUUAUUUCUCUACCCUAAUAACUAAUGAAUAUGAAUUAUUUACUGAAAUACGCGCACGUAGUACAACUAUAUGGAAUCCAUAGUUCCGUACGUAGCCAGUUCGAACGUCUGCUUGCCUAAUAUUUUUUUUCCAUAAUGCAAUUGAAGCUGCAAGAUUCAUCUCGUUAAUUUUUGUUGUUCUUUUUGGAUGUUCAUUUGAGUUUGAGUUCUAUUAGUUUCAAAAAUUUCGUUGGCUUAUUGCAAAUUAUUUGAUCGAUGUAUAAUUUCGAUAACUAAUGGGGAGAGAACUUUGCAAUCCAAGGUGAAAUCCUUGGACGUAAAACAAGAAAGGUAAAAUGGAAAGUCGUAAACGUAUUUUUAUUUUUCAUUUUUUUUGUGUAUUUUGAAUGUAAGUUAUGAGAAUAGCUGGUGGUGAAUCGAUCACAAGUAAAAACAACAGAAUUAUAAUGUGAUAUGAGAUUAUAAAAGAUGGGUAGGAGAUAAACCUAAUAAAAUUAUAGAUUAUUAUGAAUAAUGAAAAUUGGAACGAGACGAUGAAAGAUAUUGAAUAUCAGAAGUUGACGAUAGUCUGACCACGCUAAAUUGCAAUUUUAUCCGAUACGUCCAUUCUUUCGAAGAACAGUAUGUAUGUACAUAACGUAAUAACUGUAUUUGUAGUUAAUUGUAAUAGGUUCUCAUAAUUAAUUGCCGAUUAUUUAAUUAGCAAAAUAUUAAUACGCGUAUAAAUGGCCGUACGUUAUAUGUAUGUAUAGACGAAUUAUCGCCUAUCUUAUACGUGUAUUAUUGAUUAUGUUGUUAAGUACAGCGAAUGAAUGCAGAAAUUAUCACAAAAUCGUAUGACUGAAAUUAGUGAAAUUAAAUUCAGAUUAUGAUAUGUAGUAUAUGCGUUGUAUAGAAUGUGAAUGAUCCCGUGCACCGAACGUCGUAUGAAGCCAGUUACAGACGAUUAGGAUAUUAAUUAUAAUAUUCAAAUAUAUAUAGUCAUUAAAAUGUUAAGAAUCUUUAGAUAGAUAAUACAUAUUCCGCACUUUAGCCUUAUCCAAAUUAUAUGAUACAUAUACAAAAUACAUAAAUAUAUAUUAUGUAGUUAAGCUCGGUUUAUAUUAUGAGUAUUAUAUAAUUCGUGAGGAAUUAAAAUAUUUUCAUGUUUUCACAGCUGGAGAAAAAUUUUUGUCCGCUUUCAAUUGUGGUACUAUGAAUAUCGAUCGGCUAAAUUUGCCUGGGCAAUGACCACACGGUUAAUAUUAAAAUGAAAUGGAUGGACGAAAAGAUCAUCGGGUUAUUAUUAAUAGUGAUGACAAAAAUGACAUUGUUAAUGAUAAUUAAUGAAUAAAAGAUUAUAUUAACGGUGA